UGAUCUUAACAAAAUAAAUAGUGAAGGGGUGUCAUUUCUGGGAGUUGGACUGCCUAACAAGUUUAUUUUAUUACAUCUCGAUAUUGAUAACUAAAUUACAGCAAUGUCGACAGAAAUGCUCGGAGGAAUAUGUGAGGUGCAGGACGCCACCCCAGAGGUGCAGAACAUCUGUGAUGAGGUGAAGCCAGAAGCAGAAGAAAAAGCUGGAAAGAAAUUUGAUGUUUUCACUGCCAAAUCUUUCACCACACAGGUUGUGGCAGGAACCAACUAUUUUAUCAAGGUGGCUGGGAAAUGGUACCUGAUUGGUUUUGCCACCAAUGCAGAGUGGUUUGUCACCCGCAAGGCAAACAUGAAGAUGGGCGUCGCCAUGCUCACGCCAAAUGAUGGAGACCUGGAGAUGGCAUAUUCUAGUCUCAAUCCUGAUGGCUCGUGUUGGAGAAUGACUCAUCUGGCUCAAAGAACUGAUGUUCCUGGGAAAUUCAGCUUCCGCAGCGAGCGCUGGGAGACUGAUAAUGACAUGCGUGUGGUGGACGUGAAGUAUGAUGAAUACGCUUUGAUCCACACCAUCAAGACCAGGGCUGGCUCCACAACUCUACUCAACAAACUCUACGGCCGAACCCCAGACCUGAGCCAGGAUAUCUUGGACAAAUUCGCAGAGUUCUCUUUGGAACAAGGCAUUCUGCCAGACAACAUUGCCAUCCUUCCUAAAAAUGAUGAGUGCCCUUAAAUUGAAUUUGAAGAUGCUACCCGACCCCUAAACCUUCUGCGAGUCCCCCAAUGCUCCUAAAGAGCAUUGCCCCUCUGACUUCUGACUGACUAUUUUUACCUUCUUAAAGUUUGUCUUUUUUUUAACAUUUCUUUUUGAGUUUGGACCAAUAAAAUCUUUUGUGA